AGGUAAUCCGGCAUCCAUCUCUGAGGUCAGUCCGCUUCAUUAAAGACCAAACCACUAAGGAGCAGCCACAAAACGAUCAUCACGUCAAUCACGUCAAUCACGUCAAUCCCUAAAAUUACGUGUGCCCUCUAAACCCGAAUAGCAUAUACUCGAAGCUCUUUACAGAUUUACAAGCAGCGGUCUGAGACUUACCAGCCAGCUGACUACCUCCCUACGAGGCUACUACUCAUAUCGGUAGCAACGACGACCGCAAUGGCAGACGCCCGAGCUCUGCUUCGCGCUCACCGCGCCGAGAACCGUAUCAAACAUCCUCAUGCCGCAUACUCGGAUGCCGGGAAACUAUUGUGCAAGCUAUGUCACGAGCCCGUAAAGACAGAGGCCCUAUGGGAAAGUCACAUCCGAAACUCGAACCAUAGGAAAAGAGCACAGGCACUGCAAAGCAACCUCCCCGAGCAACCACAGACGGCAUCUUCAGCCGACGGGGGUAACGCCAAGCGGAAACACGACGACGUGGACGAAGGCAUAUCCGAUGCAGAUGACGACGCGGAAGAGGCAAUACGGAAGAAGCGUAGCAAGCCCGACCUGGCCUUAUCCAUGAGCAAUGGCGGUGAGAAGAGGCAGUCGCCCCCAGAGCUAUCGAGACGGACUUCACAUCCACCCGUGCAAGGAGUCGAGAUCGCGAUACCGUCGCGACCCGCCACGCCAGCAGCCGGUUCCAACUCCGCAACCUCGACGCCCAAAGGCGCCCCCGUCGGCCGCUCACCGCUCAUCGGCUCCGAGACCACAUCUACAGCCACAUCCACGCCCUCGAACCUCCCCAUCUCGACGCAAUCUCUCUCCGUACCAUCCUCCACAACCACAGCCACCGUCCCGCCACAAGCCCAACCAUCCAACAGCGCCGUAGACGAGGCCGAAUGGGCAGCCUUCGAAGCCGAGCUCGCCGCCGAACCCGCGCCAACAUCUGGUCCGCAAGGCUACUCCGCCGACGCCACCAUCUCGGCGCCAGCGAUGACCGCCGCCCAGAUCGCCGCCAAGUCGCAGAAGCACUUCGUAGACGCGCAAAUCGCCGACGAGCGCGAAGACGCCACGCGUGCGCUGGAGGCCGAAUUCGAAGAAAUGGAAGAGCUAGAAGGCCGCGUGCGCCGCCUCAAAGAGCGCCGAGAGCAGCUGCGCAAGGGCGGCGUGGCCAAUCUCCGCAGUGCCGCUGCCGCCGAUGAUGACGUAGUCAUGGCUAAGAGCCCGGCGGACGGCAAGGAGAAUAAUGACUCCAGUAUGCCCGAAGAAGACGAUGACGACGAAGAUGAUGACGAAGACGAUGAUUGGGAUGCAUUUCGACUUCGGUAGCAGAGGCGCGAAAAUCAAGAAUUUGUAUAAGGGAGGAAUGAUGACGAGACAUAAUAAUACUGGACCCAACUUCAGCUUGAUUAAUAGGAAAAAGGAGUGCUACUUUGCAUAGGGCCACGACGGCGUUAUUCUGAGCAUAAGGGCUAAAUGAAUUCAAAAAGGUGAGAGCAUCUAGUUGCAUUUAUCUGGGACUCGGCAUACAUAAUUGCUUCUUAUAUUGAUGUAUAUACAAUAUUGUACGAUAAGGGAGAUGGGCAACUCCCAAAAGAGAAACUGAAACCCAAUAGACAUGCCCGGAACGCCUGGUCAUUAAGUUACAUCAUUCAAAAGGAGUCAUCAAAGCGUAAUGUCCUCUACAGAAAUAGCAGAGCCUAGUUC